UAAGAAUAUAGGUUCAUGAAUGUGUACACAAGAAAUGCUGUUUUAGCACCACUUAAACAAAAAUGGCAGAAGAUAGGUCAAGUUGGUGACUUCUAUGAACGUGUAGACAUCCAAAUGUUUGAAUCCCAACCAUUCCAGGUUGUUAUUGAGGGUGUUCAUUGGAAAUGGUUACCAGAGUGAUAUUGCUAUAGAUGAUGUUUCUAUGACAUCAGGAUGCAAAUAUGCAACAGCUCCUUUACCAACUGGUACCCCAGGUCCACCAACCUCCCCAAGCCCAUGCCCAUCAAGUUUUGCAUGCAAGAUUGGAGGAUGUAUCCCUAAGAGUCAAGUGUGUGAUUUUGUCUCCCAGUGUGCGGAUGGUUCAGAUGAGAGCAUGUGUGGUACAUGUAACUUUGAGAGAGGUCAAUGUGGAUGGACUGAUGUAAGCUCAGGUCGCUAUAACUUCCAUCUCUUUAAUGGAUCCUCCCCUGGAUCUGGUGGACCAAGGACAGAUCAUACCACUAAUUCAGCAUCAGGUCAUUACAUACUUGUGGAGGGAUCAACUGGUCAGUUCUACUCUAGAGCUCACAUUGAGACACCAGUACUGGGACGUACUGGACCCAGCUGUCAAAUUCAGUUCUUCUAUCACAUGUAUGGAAUUAAUGCAGGAAAUAUGCGAGUCCUGGUACAGAAUGCAAACAGAACAACAGAUAAGACAUAUAUUUGGAGUAUGACAGGUAACCAAGGCAACUCAUGGAAGAAAGCUGUUGUAGAUAUAGGACAACUGCCUGCUGGAUAUAAGGUACAAUUUGAAGCUUUACCUAGCAGGUCAAUUUUGUCUGGUGUUCCCCAGUCAGAUAUGGCCUUCGAUGACGUCACAUUUAUAAACUGUGGUGCAACAGUUGUUGACAAAAAUACAACUGUCAACUGCACCUUUGAGAAUGGAUUCUGUAAUUUCCGUCAAGUUACCACUGAUGAUUUUGAUUGGACAUGGACCAAUACAAGCACACCAACAGUUGGUACUGGUCCAGAUAGAGACCACACAACAGGAAUGGGAGCUUAUAUCUAUAUGGAAACUUCAUCUCCACGUCAUAUUGGUGAAAGAGCAGUAAUAACCUCUGGUAUUCAAGCAGCCACUCUCCCUGGUGGCCAGUGUUUAUCUUUCUGGUACCACAUGUUUGGUGCCCAUGUCAGUACACUGAAUGUAUAUCUGAAGACCCAAGGAGGGAACAAGACAAUGAUAUGGUCAAGGUCAAGGACACAAGGAAAUGUUUGGAGGAAUGGACUUAGAAACAUUAAAAGCCUGGUACCAUAUGAGAUUCUGUUUGAAGGAAUUGUAGGAUUUAGUUGGCAAGGAGAUAUUGCACUGGAUGAUAUCUCGUUAAUACAAGAAAAAUGUCCACCAUCUCCAAUUUGCGAUUUUGAGGCAGACUUAUGCGACUGGAUACAGGAUACAAAUGACCAGUUUGAUUGGUUACGUCGAAGGAAUGGUACUGAUUCCAAAAACACUGGACCAUCAGUAGAUCAUACCACAUCCAGUCCAUAUGGUUACUUCCUGUACAUUGAGUCCUCAUCUCCAAGGAGGAUGUAUGAUCUUGCCAGGAUAACAACCCCACAGUUCUCUAAUAGCCAGGGAUCUUCCUGUUUCACCUUCUGGUAUCACAUGUAUGGAACAAAUGUCGGCAACCUCACGGUGUAUUUACAAGAUGGCCCCCAAAAAAAGAUGGUGUUCCAACGAAAAAGUAAUCAAGUGAACCUGUGGAUACACUCAGCUCUUACUUUGAGACCAAUCAGCUCAAAAUUUCAGCUAAUAUUCGAGGGCACAGUUGGAAAUGGUUACCAGGGUGAUAUUGCUAUUGAUGAUGUUCAGGUACUUCCUGGAAAGUGCCCACCCAUUGGUAAUUGUAACUUUGAAAUUGACACAUGUGGAUGGACUAACACAAAUGCUGACAAUUUUGAUUGGUUAAGAAGUGCAGGCUCAACACUAACACGUGGUACUGGUCCCUCUGUUGACCACACAACAAAUUCAGAUGCAGGAUUCUAUAUGUAUAUAUCUGCUCUUGGAAGAAAUGCUGGACAGAGGGCAUGGUUCUAUAGUCAAUACUUCCUAAAGACAAAAGCAACCUGCAUGUCAUUCUGGUACUUCAUGUAUGGACAAGAUGUUGGAACAUUGAGACUGUAUCAACCAACAAAAAAUAUCACAUCUCUUCUCUGGUCAGUGUCUGGUAACCAAGGCAGUAGUUGGAGAAAUGUUCAGAUUAAUAUAACUAGCAACAUUACCUGGCAGGUAACAUUUGAUGGACAAAUUGGUAAAGGAAUUCAAGGAAAUAUUGCUAUUGAUGAUGUUAUUUUCACACCUGGCAUAUGUAAUGGAGUGAUACCAACAUUCCCAUCACCUACAUUCAGUACUCUACCAACACCCACAUACCCACCUACUCCAUAUGAUUGUACAUUUGAGAAUCAGCAACAACCAAUAUGUAGUUGGACUCAGGACACCUCUGACCAGUUCAACUGGACACCAAAAGUGGGCAGUACUGGUUCACUCAACACAGGACCAACUUUUGAUCAUACAUUACAAAAUAGAAAUGGUAAGGAAAUCAAUAAUCAGUUUGAAUAACAAGAAUGUCAAUAA